CUCAUCUCUCCUGCGCAGAUCCGCCGCAAUUUGAACCGUGUGAAGUCAGCAUGAAAAACCACACAUCGACAACCUAAACAAGUAAUGCCAAUAUUCUUCUAUUUUAGCUACAAGCUGUAGCACAGCACUUGUUGUGGCGAUAAAAGGAGAUCGCAAGCAAGCAAGCAAGCCACGUUUCUCCCCUUUAGCAUCCGAAUAUCGUUUUUUUGUUGUUGCAACGUCAACACCCUCCUGCUUGGCUAACUACAUGAUUAUCUUCUUGAUAAACAGACGAAGGACUUACAAUGACGCUAAAGGUCAAGCUGAGCUCAGUUUGUCUGGGUGUGGAGGGGAUGACCUGUACUUCCUGUGUUCAGUCUAUUGAGCAGCGCAUUGGGGGUCUUCCUGGAGUUGUACACAUCAAGGUGUCUCUGGAGCUGAAGAAUGCCAGCAUCAUCUUCGACCACAGCCAUCACACCCCGGAGUCCCUGGCUGAGGCCGUGGAGGACAUGGGGUUUGACUCCAUCCUCUCAGACACUACCACUUCCUCCGUGGUGCUCACGGAGACCCAGCUGAUCCCCACCCCAGCCCUUCUCACCCCCGAAGCCCAACAGGAGGCUCUGACCAGGCUAGCUCAGCUCCAGGGGGUCCUAGAGGUCCAGGAGAACAAGGACCAGAGGGGGGUGUCUGUUACCUUCAUCCCUGCCCUGAUCAGUGUAGUGCAGCUGGGGGAGGUGGUUAGUAGCUUGGCCCCACUCCUGGAGGUCCCUACAUCCAAUAGCCCAACAGAGGAAACUCUGGUCUCAGGCCCAGCUCCUGCCACAGUCACAGUGUCAGCCCCGGCCACAUCCUCACAGCCUCAGCUGGUGAAGAUGCGGAUCGAGGGCAUGGUCUGUCUGUCCUGCACCACCACCAUCGAAGGGAAGAUUGGCAAGCUCAAAGGAGUUGAGAAAAUCAAAGUGGUUCUAGACUCCCAGGAGGCCACUGUUCUCUACCUGCCGUACCUCAUCACUAUCGAAGACAUCAUCGCCCAGAUCGCCAAGGCAGGCUUCAAAGCCACACCCAAGUCCAAGCCCCGCCCCCUGCAGCUGUCCGUCAGUGAGAUGGAGCGGUUGCUAAGCGCUGCCCUAUCACCCCCACCACCAGUGGAAUGUUCCACCGAGGAUUCUGAGGUGUCCACAGACUCGGCCCAGACUACCCUCAGGGUGACAGGCAUGCACUGCCGCUCCUGUGUGGUAAACAUCCAGGAUAACAUCUCCAAGCUGGCUGGGGUGACCUCCAUAGAGGUAUUGUUGGAGAGCGAGAGCGCCUCCAUCCACUACGACCCGGGGAGAGUGACUGUGUCUGGGCUACAGCAAGCCAUCGAGGCCCUGCCACCGGGGACGUUUAAAACCCAACCCUGGAGCUCUACCUCUGGAGGUGUUAGCCCUACAUCCACCACACCGCCACCGUCGUCCCAGGCCGGCCUCUCCUCCACCCAGCCCUGCUACAGCCAGCCUCUGACGACCACGGCCCUAAUCCAUAUCGAGGGGAUGACCUGUGGGUUCUGUGUUCAGUCCAUCGAGGGGAUGCUUUCUCAGAGGAAAGGGGUGCGGUCAGCCAAAGUGUCGCUGGCCAAUCACAGAGGGGCGUUUGAGUACGACCCUCUCCUCACCCAACCAGAGGAGCUCAGAGAGGCCAUAGAGGACAUGGGAUUUGAUGCCUUCCUGCCUGAAACCAACUCCCUGUUGACCGUCCCGGUUAUCAGUCCCCCCUCGCCCCCUUCCCUGUCCCCUUCCCCCGCCCCUGUCAAGGAGAAGGAGCUGGACAGCGACACAGAGAGGGGCGCUGCACAGUGUGUUAAGGGGGCCCCAAACACCCUCGCUAAAUGCUUCAUCCAGAUUGGUGGAAUGACCUGUGCGUCCUGUGUGGCCAACAUUGAGAGGAACCUGAAGAAUGAACAUGGUAUCUACUCUGUGCUGGUGGCCCUGAUGGCUAGUAAGGCUGAGGUCCGUUAUAACCCUGAGGUGAUGGACCCUCUGAAGAUAGCAGAGUAUGUCAGAGAGUUGGGCUUCACUGCUUCUGUCAUGGAGAACUAUGAGGGUUCUGAUGGAAGUCUGGAACUUGUGGUCAGGGGAAUGACUUGUGCCUCCUGCGUUCACAAAAUAGAGUCCAGCCUGAUGAAAGAGAACGGUAUCGUCUACGCCUCUGUUGCCCUGGCAACCAACAAAGCCCACAUCAAGUACGACCCGGAGGUGACGGGACCGAGAGACGUCAUCAAACUCAUAGAGAACCUGGGCUUCGAGGCAUCUCUGGUGAAGAGGGAUCGUACCGGCAGUCACCUGGACCACAGCAGAGAAAUCACACAAUGGAGGAAGUCGUUCCUGGUCAGCCUGUUCUUCUGCGUCCCAGUCAUGGGGAUGAUGACCUACAUGAUCAUAGUAGAUCACCAGAUCAGCAUGUCUCACCAGCACAACGCCACCGCACAGGACCGGGAACACUAUCACUCCACCAUGUUCCUGGAGAGACAGCUGCUACCAGGCCUCUCCAUAAUGAACCUGAUUUCAUUCCUCUUCUGUGUCCCUGUACAGUUUAUUGGCGGCCGCUACUUCUACACCCAAGCCUACAAGGCCCUGAAACACAAAACCGCCAACAUGGACGUGCUCAUCGUGCUGGCCACCUCCAUAGCCUUCACCUACUCCGUGGUCAUCCUCAUGGUCGCCAUGAUAGAGAGGGCAAAGGUCAACCCCAUCACCUUCUUUGACACGCCCCCCAUGCUCUUUGUCUUCAUCUCCCUGGGGCGCUGGCUGGAGCAGAUCGCCAAGAGUAAGACGUCAGAGGCUCUGUCCAAGCUGAUGUCCCUCCAGGCCAGCGAGGCCACGGUGGUCACGCUCAACACGGACAUGUCUGUACUCAGUGAGGAGCAGGUAGAUGUUGAGCUGGUCCAGAGAGGAGACGUGGUCAGGGUGGUUCCUGGAGGGAAGUUCCCCGUAGAUGGGAGGGUCAUCGAGGGACACAGCAUGGCUGACGAGUCUCUCAUCACAGGCGAGGCCAUGCCGGUGACUAAGAAGCCAGGCAGCUCAGUGAUAGCUGGCUCUAUCAACCAGAACGGCUCUCUGCUCGUCAGUGCUACACACGUAGGCCUGGACACAACCCUGUCUCAGAUAGUUAAACUAGUGGAGGAGGCUCAGACAUCUAAGGCUCCCAUCCAGCAGUUUGCAGAUAAGAUCAGUGGCUACUUUGUCCCGUUCAUCGUUGGGGUCUCUCUCCUCACUCUGUUCGCCUGGAUCCUCAUUGGCUUUGUCGACUUUCCACUGGUGGAGAAAUACUUCCCUGGCUAUGAUAAGAGCAUCUCCAAGGCAGAAGCUGUGAUCAGGUUUGCCUUCCAGGCCUCCAUCACGGUGCUGUGUAUCGCCUGCCCCUGCUCUCUGGGCCUGGCAACCCCGACAGCUGUGAUGGUGGGCACGGGGGUGGGCGCUCAGAACGGUAUCCUCAUCAAGGGAGGGGAACCACUAGAGAUGGCACACAAGAUCCAGACAGUGGUGUUUGAUAAGACGGGUACCAUCACCUACGGAGCUCCUAAAGUCAUCCAGGUGAAGAUCGUAGUGGAGGGGAACAGGAUGCCUCGCUCCCGUCUGCUGGCCAUCGUAGGUACUGCAGAGAACAACAGUGAACACCCGCUGGGAGCUGCCAUUACCAAGUACUGUAAACAGGAGCUGGGGACAGAGUCCCUUGGUGCGUGUACUGACUUCCAGGCUGUGCCAGGCUGUGGAAUACGAUGCCAGGUCAGUAACACAGAGACCCUGCUGAGACAACAUCAAGAGGACAGUGACAGUGAAGACAACAACCAGGGAAACAGUGUUCUGGUCCAGAUCAGUGACUCCAGAACCCGGCCAGGAUCACACCCCCUCAUCAUGGACCCGCAGCCUCUCAACCUGGUGCAGACAGCAUCCUACGUGGUGUUGAUAGGGAACAGGGAGUGGAUGAGGAGGAACGGACUGCAGAUCAGACCUGAUGUUGACGAGACCAUGAAUGAACAUGAACGCAGAGGACGCACUGCUGUACUGGUGGCAGUCGACAGUCUUCUAUGUGCCAUGAUAGCCAUAGCAGACACCGUGAAGCCUGAGGCAGAGUUGGCAGUAUACACGCUGCAGGCCAUGGGGCUGGAGGUGAUUCUGAUGACUGGAGACAACAGCAAGACGGCACGGGCCAUCGCUGCUCAGGUGGGCAUCAGGAAGGUGUUUGCGGAGGUGCUGCCGUCCCACAAGGUGGCCAAGGUAGAGCAGCUGCAGCAGGCAGGGAAGAGGGUGGCCAUGGUGGGUGACGGGGUCAACGACUCGCCCGCUCUGGCCAUGGCAGACGUUGGCAUCGCCAUAGGAACUGGCACCGACGUGGCCAUAGAGGCAGCUGACGUGGUGCUGAUCAGGAAUGACCUGCUGGAUGUGGUGGGGAGUAUUGACCUGUCCAAGAAGACCGUCAAGAGAAUCAGGAUCAACUUUGUGUUUGCUCUGGUCUAUAACCUGGUGGGGAUCCCUAUCGCUGCUGGGGUGUUCAUGCCUGUUGGUCUGGUUCUCCAGCCGUGGAUGGGUUCUGCUGCCAUGGCCCUCUCCUCUGUCUCUGUGGUGCUGUCCUCUUUACUACUUAAAUGCUACACUAAGCCCAGCGCUGAGCUGCUGGAGUCUCGUCUGGGCAGUCAGAAGAGAGACGCUGCAAGCCUAUCAGACGUCAGUGUACACAUCGGCAUGGGCGAGCUGCGCCGUUCCUCCCCCAAGCUGAGCCUAUUGGACCGCGUCGUUAACUUCAGCCGCGCCUCCAUCAACUCCCUCCAAUCAAAGCACUCCCUGAACAGCAUGGCCCUCAGCGAACCCGACAAACACUCAUUGCUGGUGGGGGAGGCCCUCUGCGAGGAGGAGUUUGUCUGAGGCUAGGUUAUGCUAAGCUACGCUAGUCUAUGCUAAUUUAAGAUUGGUUUAGCCAUUUUAUGCUUGACUAGGCUACGCUAAGCUAACGUAAGGUAGCGAAGGCUAAGUGGGUUACAUAAGUUAAUUGCCCCAUCAAUCAACACAGGUGCCCCCAGUGUGACCAUCUUUUGACUUGGAAAAAGCCUUUCUGUUGCCCCACACCGUCUGACUGACAGCGCGCACUCCAAUGGAUGCCUGGAGGGGGGGCUUCAUGUUCACUCUACCGCUGCCCUGGGUCUUUUGUCAAUGGCCACUUGUACCCUCAGGGGAUGGGGUCUUACACUGGGGUUUUUAUAGGAGCUCUGACUCUUUGUCCAGGGUGUUAAGAGCUUCAGCUGAAAGACGAUGCAGGUGUCAUUAGGAAGACUGCACUGCAAUCUUUUUCUAUGUGCUUUAUAAUAUGAAGGUUUGCAGAGACAAUCUUUUGACAUUUAUCCAAAGACAUCCUAAAAUGGUGCCCCAUGUUAAAGUGUACUUAAUGUGACAAAACAAAAGUCCUUCUGAGGCAGCAGAAGUGUAUUAAAUAUACUGUUGUAUAUUAUGAUUGUAUAAUUAAGCAAUGAGGCCCGAGGAGGUGUGGUAUAAGGCCAAUAUACCACGGCUAAGGGCUGUUCUUAUGCACAACGCAACGCGGAGUGCCUGGACACAGCCCUUAACUGUGGUAUAUUGGCCAUAUACCACAAACCCCCCGAAGUGCCUUAUUGCUAUUAUAAACUGGUUACCAAUGUAAUUAGAGAAGUAAAAAAUAAAUGUUUUGUCAUACCCGUGGUUUAUGGUCUGAUAUACCAUGGCUUUCAGCCAAUCAGAAUUCAGGGCUCAAACGACCCAUUUUGUAACGAGAGUAUUUAUAUUAGCCUUAUUUAAAAACAAAAACAAUUACCACAGUACUUAUUUGUACUUUUGUCAUAUAUUUUCCUUGGAACAUGAAGGAAUGUUGUUGAGGAUGUUUGUUUGUUAUCCGUAUGUUUCCAACAAACUUUGUUUUCUCAAAUUAAGAAAUAUAUAUUGUAUCAUCUAAAGAAUGUACUGUAUAAACUCUAAGGAU